AUGUGGCGGAAUUGGCUUGGAAAAAGCUCGGAGGCGUCUUCUGGAUUGUACAAGAAAGUGAAGGGAUGGGUGCGCCGCAAAGAUACAGACGACCCAGAAGCUGAGCCUGUUGCCGAGGAAGCGGCGCAAGAAGAACCACAAGCUACAGCACCCGCGGCAGCGCCAGCUACACCACCACCGCCUGCAGCGCCUAGUCCGGCCAGCUCCAAGUCGACGGCCACCAAUUCGUCUAGAGCCAAUUUACAGCAGCAGCAGCAAAGCCUCGCCGUCCGCUCGCCAGCCUCAUCGACGAAAAAUCAGCCGAGUGCUGAAGAUAUUUCUGUCGGAAGCGUGAAAAACAGUGAAGUGUCACGGGCAGCCCGCAAACUCGUCCGCUUGAAGCCCAUCAAGGUGUCGGAGAAGAAGCUGGCAAAAUGGGGCAAAAUUGUGGAAGAGCGACUGAAGCGGCGGAAAGCCGCUGCUGAAGAUCCGGCCACGAAACCGCUCUACACUAUCGACACUCCAUUUCCGGCUGCCGAUAGAUCUAAAGUCGAGGAGGCUCUGGCCAAAAAAACGAUCCCCAAGCCCACGCCGACGCCAUCGUCGAGCAGAAAAUCAGAGAAGCCGACCGACGAUUCUCUGCCCCUGAACGCGGCCGUGAUGCUCGAUGUUCUGCGCGGCGAGGUCAAAUUGAAGACGAUGCCCGACGAUCAAGUGAAACUCGACCCGAUGGCUGAAGUGAAAGAUCUUCGACGGAAGCAGCCCUUCUUCGAAUAUGAGGUCGUCUACGGAAAUACGGUCCGGUCGAUGAUCAACGCUUCGGAAUCCGUGAAUACGCGAUCGACAGACCGCAGCGAGUACAGCCAGCUCGCUUCCAGCGGGAGCCCGAGGAUCGUUCGAGAGCGGACACCCUUGAAGAUAACGGAACCGAGCCAUUUGACCAGUUACACGCCACAGUUGAAGCUGCUGAAACGCGAGAAAUACCGCCGUACGUCAGCCCAUGCCGAGACGAGCCAUCGUCGAAGCUCCAAAAAA